GUGUCUUAAAUUUUGUCUCCUUUUAAACAGCAUGCCCAUCGCAAAUAGCCUGCAGAAAGUGUCGAGUCGACGAAAUUCGAGAUGCUGAGCGGUCACCGUAAACUGAUCAACGUACAAACAACGCGUAAUUUCUUCCGAGAUUUAUUUAAAUGGAAAUCGGAGAUAUCCGGAAAAAAUGCUUCGAACAAUUCGUUUGGCAAGUACGAUAUCGUCGUACCAUGGUCAGUUUCAGAUAAAAGAAGCGUUCCAUCCUACAUCCCUAAACCAUCUUACGCAGCUGAUUCAUCCGCGUUACCUGUUUACCCUAACAAAGCUGAGGUAAAAGACAAAAACCAAAUUGAAUCUAUGAGACAUAGCUGCAUUCUGGCUCGGCAAAUACUCAAUGAAGCAGGGCGUUAUUUGAAGGCAGGCUUGACCUCAGAUGAGCUGGACAAAAGGCUCCACUGUCUGAUAAUCAACAACGGAGCUUAUCCUAGUCCAUUAAAUUAUAGAGGGUUCCCUAAGUCAAUUUGUACAAGUAUAAAUAAUGUUGCAUGUCAUGGUAUUCCUGAUAAUAGACCCUUUUUGGAAGGAGAUAUACUGAACGUAGAUGUAACGGUGUUCCGAAAUGGUUACCACGGUGACUGUUCUGGGAUGUUCAAGAUUGGUGAGGUCGACAAUGAAGCUCUGCGGUUGAUCGAAGCCACCAAAAAGUGCCUCAAAAAUGCUAUUUCUAUCUGCAAACCAAAUGAAAAAUUCUCUUCUAUUGGUCAUAUUAUCGAAGAUACCGCCCAACGGCUUGGGUUUGGCAUUAUUCCUGCUUUUGCAGGCCAUGGUAUCGGCACCUACUUCCAUGGACCACCAGAUAUAUUUCACUUUGCAAACGAUUUUGAAGGGACAAUGGAGGCUGGAAUGACUUUUACAAUCGAACCUGUCUUAACACAAGGUGGACCAGACAUUGAAAUUCUUGAAGAUGGUUGGACGGCAGUGACGGCAGAUAAUGCAAGGACAGCUCAAGUUGAACAUACUAUUCUUAUCACCGAUACAGGAUGUGAAAUACUGACACUAUAAUGAAACUAUUUCGAAGUAAGCUAAUUUUAGGAGAAUUUCAUCUAGGACAGGAAGUAUGCAGAAAGAUCGCAAUAAAAUACCCGUUUCAGACGAAUAAAA